AUGCGCAUAAAGAAUGAUGAAGGAUUAACACAAGAAAUCGAAACUUUUGAAAACACAACUAAAAUUCCUCUCAGAGAAAAAUUAAAGCUGGCAAUUUUUAGCUAUCUUGGUGUGUUAUUUAAAGUAAAAUACCAAGGCAGCAUAGAAGUUAAAACGCAAAUAUUUAUUGAAGUUAUUAUCUCAGUGAUUAUUUCUCUUCAAUUGAUAUUUUUCGCAUGAUUUCCAUCGAUGGGAAUAUCCGGGUGAAAUUCCUGUUCAGGGCUGUGGAUCAUUGCGGGCUAUUUUAACUUUGACUCUAUAUGUGGGAAUAAUGGAUGAAUAAACUAUUGUUUUUAUGGAACAAUAUCGGCAAUACUUCUUUGUCUGGGCUGCUUAAUUCUUAUCGCGUUUUUCCAGUAUUUUAAGCACGAUAUUCCAAUUUUAAUAGUAAAUUUUACUCGGUGAAUUGUCAGUGGCUUAACAACAAUACUAUUCAUUCCAUCAAACUCAAUACUUUUUGUUGUAUUUAAAUAUUCCACAUUUGAUAUAGGUGUAAUUACAGAGUACACUGGCAAUGCAAGUUCAGAUUCGAUCAAUUAUGGAGCUUUCGGGGCUUUUUUAUCAAUCCUAUUUGUGAUUUUAUUGAUGAGUAUUGCAAUAAUAAAUGAAAUAUUGACAAGCGAUAUAAAGCACCACACAGCAAGUAGAAAUAUUAGAUCAAAAGCAAGUUCAAGUUUGAUUAUACAUGGAUAUUACUUAUCAGCACUUUCGGUCUUCUGCUAUACCAUUGUAGGGGUCGAUUUAAUAUUUGAAUUCAGGCUUGUUUUGUUUUUGCAUAUGGUCGCUAUUUUUAUCAAUAUUUACAAAAAUUUGCCUUGCUAUAAUUACAUAGGAAAUGUUAUGCAUGGUUGCAAACUUCUAAGUGUUGCGUGGGUUAUGAUUGUUUUUGAUUUUGGGACCUUACUUGACGAUGCGCUGAUGAUAACAAUCUUGAAUAUAAUUUUACAGCCUGUAAUACUUACCUGCACUGCACUGUUAAUUCGCUCUCGUGCAUUAUCUUUCAAAACCAAAGAGAUUCAAGUGUUGAACCAAUAUGAUUUUGAGCUAAAAAUGCGACAUAUUUUAGGUAAUAAAAGUUAUGAAAAUAAAAUUGAUAUCGUUCAUCAAUUUUCUUUUUACCAAAACAACUAUUCAUUUUCCUUUGAUAGGCUUUUUAUAGUUUGGCAAACAAAUUAUUGCUUUCAUAUUGUAAAAGAUGAAAGCCUUGCUCGAGUAAAGCUGUCAAAAAUUAAGGAAUAUAGUUGAAGUCUAGAAGGAGAAAUUCAAGAAUGAAGGAUUUACCAAGAUUUUGAUAAAAAUAAAAAUAGCACACCUCAAGAAUUGAAGUUUUUAGAGUAUUUAUUAGAUCUGAAUAAAAUAAAGAUCAGAGAUGAAAGGCUUUGCUACAUUCUCUUUGGAACUGUUAACGAAAUAACUUCUAGAAGCUCAAAUGUUAAUGCUUUGUACAAAAAAAUUUCAAUUUUAUCAGACAGCAUCAAUGAUCUCGAUUCUCUAUAUAAAAAAAUAACAACGAACUGCAAGCAUGCCUAUGCUUAUGAACUUUAUGCAUCUUUUCUUCAAACUAUAAUGCAAAAUUCAGAUCAGGCGAAUUUGAUGAGAAGAAGAAAAGAAACUGUUAAAUCAAUCGACCCAUUUUUAGAUGAAGAAAAAAGGCUUGCUAUGUAUGAUGAGGAUAAUGGUAUGAUUUUAAUUUCUCUAAACUCAGAAUCAUUUGGAUCAAUUUUUUAUAUUAACGAAAAAGCUGCUAAACUCCUUGAGACUACUAUUACAGAUGGGCUUGAAGCUUAUCUUUCUGAUUUCAUCCCUGAGCCUUUUAACAUAAAUCAUAAUGAGCGUAUCAAAAAAUUCCUGAAAAAUUGUGACAAUGUGAAUAUUGGAUUGCCAAUGGAUUUUUUUCUGAUGUCCCGAAAGGGCUAUUUAGUGGAGUGUAAUAUGUUUGCAAGACUUGCUGCUUUCAAAGACUCAAUUUAUAUUUUAUUGUCACUUCGGCCUAAAAAGUUUCAUCGAGAGAUGGCUUUUAUAUCAGAGGAAGGAUUCAUUUACAACCACACUCAGGAAUUUGCAGUACAUCUAGGCUAUAACUUGUCAUCAGUAAAAGGCCAAUUUCUAUCAAAUCUUAUUCCUCAUUUAGAUUUAUCAAGCAUUCCUCCAUUUAAAAUUAUAAGUGUCAUAUUAAAGAAAAAAGAAAUCUUUCUUGUCUAUUCAGCAAGACAAUGGAGAAACUCGAAAUUCUUUGAAAUUUUAUUGAUAGAAGAUGAUGAAGAAAUUAAUUUAUGAAAAUCUGGUUAUCACCCAGAAAAGUGUGAUUCUGAUAGUCAAGAUACCUCAUCUGAAGAAAUGGAAAAUUAUAAGAAUGAGCACAACACCUUAAGGAUUAAUGAAACACAAAAUAGUAUUUGUUUUGAGGUUGGAGUACCUCUAUUUAAAACUGAACCGAAAAAGCGAUUGGAUGAAACAGGUAUAAACAAUAUUGAUAAUAAAAAUAGCCCAAAUGAUGAAAGAAUAGAUUCUAAUCCACAAACUAGCAGUCAAUCUGUCAGCACUAAGCGUAAAAUUUAAGUAGACUUUGUCAGAAGAGUCAUCCAAGAGUAUGAGAAAGCUAUAAACAUUUUUCAGAAAAUUUUAUUUAUUAUGGUAAAUUCAAAUUAGAUAAUUGCUAUCGCUGGGACAAAUAUUGGAAUCUUAAUUUAUAUUUAUAAAGAAGUCGAUCACACAGCUUCUUUGCAAAUAUUUGAAAAUGGAGGGCAAAUGGUAUACGAUUUAAGCUCUAUUGCUGAUACAUUAAUUUCAUUCGAAUAUCAUGUGCAAAGAAAUGAGAGUGCGGAGAAUGAAAUUGAAGAUUUAACUUUAAUCUUGGGAGGAUUAUUGGUUAUACAAAAUAAACUGUUGAAGGAACUAUCUGAUUGGGACUAUUGCCCUGCUUCAAAAAUUGUCACUGAAUCGGAAAUUCCCGUAUGAAUGAUUAGCCCAAGCCCAUUUCUAGUGAAAAGCAAUUUAUAUGAUGUGAUCUCUUUAUUUAUAACUUAUGUAACGCUUAUUCAGACAACUAAAUUCUUAGAAAAAGCUUCUAAAAGUGAGUCUUAUAGUGAUGAACUAAAAUUUCUGCAAAUAAAUAGCUUGACCUUUACUUAUCAAUAUACAAUUUCUGCAUUAAAUGCUUUGACUUUAUGCGAGUCAAAUAGAAUUUAUGAACAAGGCUUAUGGGUUAGCGUCAUGACAUUCAUUUCCAUCGGUAUAUUAAUGCUCUGCUUAGCUGGCCUAAUAUGAUACAUCUGGUCUUUAAAUAAUAAAAAUAAUUCAGCAUGAAACGCAGUAAAACGAGAAUCUCAUUUAGCAUAUGUUGAAUUUGUACAAGCUUGCAUUGAUAGACUUUUAUUAAUCCAUAAUAAUGACGACUUGAGUUUCGAAGAUAUAAAAAUUCAAAAUAAAUCAAAAAAUAAUAUAAAAAAGCUCAAUACCAGAAUUUAUUUGCGUUUUUACAAAACAUUGUCAGUUUUUUUAUUUCUUUCAUUUGUUUUUUAUAUGAUUAUCGAGUUUUGACUAUAUAGCGACUGCAAAGUGUAUAUGAAUAAUCGUCCAAAAUUAUUGGAAAAUUUUGGUGCAAGGCUUAUACUGACUACGAGAAUGAGUUUUUUUGCAAAGGAAUGCCACAUUCCAAAUUUAAUUGAAAAUUUUGAAUCUAGUUAUGAUUUUCAAAAUUUAUUAAGUGAGAUUUAUGAUGCAGCAGAUCAAUUAAAACAAAUAAAUGAGAGAAUUUCUGAUAAUUCUAUGCAGGAUUUGAUAUCAGAUGAGCUAAAGGUAAGACUUUAUGAGCAUACAAACUCAAAUAAAAAUAUUUUAAAAUAUGGCACUGUAACUGCUAUCGAAAUCAUAAUUUAUGAGUCCUAUAAUGUUGCGACAUCAGAAAAACAAGCUCUCGAUAUUAAUACCUAUGAAGACUAUAUAAAAUCUAUAGAAAAAGAUAUCAUGACUGAUUUUUUAUUAUCAAAUCGAGAUUCAAAAAAUAAAAUUACUCAUCAAUUAGAUUUGAUUUUCAUAGUAACAAUUUUCUACUCUAGUAUUUCUGUAUUAAUGUACUUUAUUUAUUAUUGACCUUUUCUCAAUUCAGAGAAACUUAAAAUGCAAAAAUUACAGCUAUUUUCGACUGUAGUUCCGGGCUCCCACAGCUUAUAUAGCCAACCAUAA